AUGGAUGCGCAAAUGGACAUGGCUAGCUAUUAUGAGGUCGACGCCAGUGGCAAGCCCAUCUCUAUCUCCGUAUCAUUGGCCCCGUUCUCUAUUCAAGAUAUCAAAACAUGCGCCACCUGUCGUGGCCCAUUGAGAGAUGUCGCCCGAUAUGGCCGGCUGAUUCGCCGAGCUAUCCUCGAUGAGUCGACGAAAAAAUUGAUCAUCUUGCUCAACCGGGAAUAUGUCCCUCUUGCAUUAGAACUUCCCCAGCUUGUUCGUGAAUUGCAUGAAACCAAAGGUCAAAGAAAGUUUCCUUGGCCAGCGGUGAUUGAGAUAUCUGGCUCGCGAAGCCAUCAAAUCCAGAUAAUGGGAGAAAUCAUCCAAAACACAAAUCCAGAUCGAUGGGAUUCAAUCCUUGACCUACGAACGCGCGUUGAUCUCUAUCGGCGCCGUGUGAAACCCGAGGAGCAACCAUUUGAAAGAGUUCGGAAAAUGAUUGAAAAUGCUCGACAACGCCAGAAAAUCACAAUCAACCCUGAUCACGUCGAUAAUGUGUUACAGACCAAAGGCUUCCUCCAGGGUACCGCGCUCUUAAUUCGUAUAGACAUUGCUUUGCUCGUUGACCUUUUGAGUCUCGUUUCCCAAGCACGACCAAGUGAUGUUAUACCUCGAUUCGAGCUUGAUCUACAGGAAAUCAAGGAUGAUUGCCAGACCCUUAUCCACCAAGCCGUCGCUCACCAACGACUUCUGCAGCAGGUAGAAGGUCAUAUUUUCCUAGCACAGCUCUAUGCCCUCGAACGAGCACAUUGCUUGACACCAGAAAAGAGGAACAAAAUCUUGAGAAAUGGCCAGAUUGCCAUUCAAAAAGCUCAAGGUCUUUGUGAUGCGCACCCAGGCCAGACACGAGGAUUGGCAGAUGAAGUUCGCAGCGUUGAGAAGAUGUUGCGCAAAGGCACCUUCUACACAAUCAUCACCAACGAGGAACGCAUUGAAGUUAUUUCGGCAAUGGCUGAAGAGUUCAGAGGAACUGGGCAUUGGUACUACUGUCGCAAUGGGCAUCCGUUUACCAUUGGCGACUGUGGACUAGCCAGGGAGACGAGUCAAUGUCCCGAGUGCGAUUCCCCCGUGGGAGGCGAGCAUUCUCUAUUGGCAGAAGGGGUUAGACAUGCGGUGGACUGGGAUCUGGAUAGGGAGAGAUUGAAUCUUUAG